GUUUGCUGCUAAUGGGUGUAAGUAAAUUAGAUGUCUUGUACAGAAAGCUUCUCCUCACUAAACUUUUCAUCAGAGGAUGGGGAAAGCCGGAGGAUUUGAAAAGAAUAUUUGAAUUCAGAAAGAUUAUUGGGAACAGGGAAAAAUGCCAGACGCUGGUUUCGAAAGAUUACCCAGUGUUCAUUGACAAGGUUGAGGAGCAAUCGGACUGUAGAAUCCUUGAGGGGCACUUCAUUUCUCCAUUGGCUCAUUAUGUCCCAGGUAUCCUGCCAGUUGAAUCUCUUGUAGCAAGAUUUCAGUUCAUCAUACCCAGAAGAUGGAAUAGCAAGCACAGACCUGUUUGCAUUCAUUUAGCAGGCACUGGAGAUCAUCACUUCUGGAGGAGACGCGCAUUAAUGGCACGCCCAAUGAUUAAAGAAGCCUGCAUGGCUUCCCUAUUGCUAGAAAAUCCUUACUAUGGCUGUAGAAAACCUAAGGAUCAGUUACGGUCAUGUUUAAAAAAUGUCUCGGACCUGUUUGUGAUGGGAGGAGCUCUUGUUCUAGAAUCGGCAGCUCUUUUGCACUGGCUAGAGAGAGAAGGCUAUGGACCACUAGGGAUGACUGGAAUAUCCAUGGGAGGACAUAUGGCUUCACUGGCAGUGACAAACUGGCCUAAACCAUUGCCAUUGAUUCCGUGUCUUUCCUGGUCAACAGCUUCUGCAGUCUUUACUACGGGUGUGCUGAGCAAGGCAGUGAAUUGGAGAGAGCUAGAGAAACAGUAUUUCACGCAAACUGUUUAUGAAGAAGAAAUCAUUAAAAUGCUUGAAUACUGUGGUACGGAUUCUUUCAAGAUGGGACAAGAAUUUGUUAAAAACUUCCCUGACAGUGUGGACAGUCUGGAGGAUGUGGAUGUGACUUCCAGAAUGUUUGACCUUGAUUCCUUGAAUAAGACUGUAUCUGAAGAAGCUGUUCACAGCUUUACCACAAAUAAAAGUACUCUAAGUGCCUCAUCAGAAAGACUCCUAAUGCAAGAUGCUCCUAAAAUGCAGUGCAUAAAUCAAACGUUUUCAACCAGUAGCAACUGCAAUAAAAACUUAACCAGCCCACAAGGAUACAGGAUAAAUAAAAGAAGAAAGAGUGAUACUUUACAGAGAGAAUCCUUAAGGUUCAUGAAAGGAGUAAUGGAUGAAUGUACCCACGUAGCUAACUUCUCAGUUCCAGUUGACCCAAGUUUAAUCAUAGUUGUACAAGCUAAGGAGGAUGCAUAUAUUCCUCGAACUGGGGUGCGCAGUCUUCAAGAAAUCUGGCCUGGAUGUGAAAUUAGGUAUCUGGAUGGAGGUCAUGUCAGUGCCUACCUCUUCAAACAGGGACUCUUCAGACAAGCGAUUUAUGAUGCAUUUGACCGCUUUCUUCAGAAAUAUGCAGUGUAAAAAUCUUCGUGAUGUAUUCAAACUGAUCUCAUUUGUACUUCCGCUUACUGGAACUGAUGUUUGGAAAACAACCCUCUUGCAACAUUGGGUAGAUGGUCACUGACUUUGACUGUUGUAGGUAACAAUUAUCGAAAAUGGUGAAGUACCAGCAUUACUUUCAUUUCAACCAAAUGCCUUUCUGACACACUUGCUUCCGCUUUACUUGUGAGAAAACAAUGGCAGCAUUUGUUAGCGCAUGAAUGGUUCAUGUACUUCAUGUUUAAUCACAUUGUGUAUUCCUUUAAUUCUGAAUAAAUUCUGGGUUGUGUAUCAGUUGAAAACAGACCAAUCUAAGUAUUGAAAGACUGUAAAAUGUGCUAUAGGGCUAAGAUGCUCUCUUGUGUUUAGUGUAUUUAGUUUGUCGAGGUACCUUGGUUUCCUCUUGCUUCCUUCUCCCCUUGCUAUUCCUUUUGUGUUGUACUAUGGCUUUGCCAGCACUCGGCCUGUUGUGUUUGUCACUGAUUUCCUCUAUUAUGAAUUGAAAAUGAGCUCUAAUAGAAGGGGCAGCAUCAAAUCUUGCAAAAGCGACCUUCAAAAUUCAAUGAAGAGUUAGAGAGAGAUGUCUUCAUUCAAUGCGUCCAUGAGAUUCUUCUGCCACUGAAUUAAACCGUGCCAUUCCGCAAGAGUCAUGU